CUCCCCGGGACAACAAACAACGCUCACAGAGACAAAACCCUCCACCCCAAGGACAACAGCCCCCAUCACCGUCGGAGGACCACCCCUCCCAGAUACAGCGCACACCUUUCUCUUCCUGAACCAGCUUUUCCCCCCCCCCCGAGAAAUCACUCCCUUCACCCUCCCCGCCCACUCUCCCAGGGAAAUCACUGCCUCCGCCCACACUCUGAGACAACACUCGCUUUCUCGCACUUCCUGAGACUCCAGUUCCCCCUCAACACACCACCAUCUGAGCCCACGCUCUCACUCCCUGUGAAAACACACACUCCAUUCCCUGAGAUCUAGGGCUCAGACCUUCCAGCAACAUGGCAACAGAGGCAGAGAGCAAAUUCAGGAACUCUGCAGCAGAACUUGACAACAGUACUAGUAACUUGUUGUCUGGAGAUGAAGAUCAGACUCAAGCCAUUAUGCUGCCAAAUGAAAUCAAUGGGAAUUGGACAUCAUGUGAGACGUCCAUUCACGAAGCUCGACUCAAGGCUAAAGCCAAGAGACGUUUGAGGAAAAACUCUUCUCGGGAUUCUGGGCGAGGAGAUUCCCUCAGUGAUAAUGGGGACAGUAGUCGGAAUGUUGUUCCCUCUAGUCCGAAAGGGAAGAUGUUGGACAGGAAGUCACGGAUGGGAAAAGGAAGAGGACUGCCCAAGAAAGGUGGAGCGGGCGGUAAAGGUGUUUGGGGGACACCUGGUGAGGUGUAUGAUUUGGAGGAAGUGGAUGUCAGAGAUCCCAAUUAUGAAGAAGAUCAGGAGAAUUGCGUGUAUGAAACAGUGGUUCUACCCUUAGAUGAAGGGGUUUUUCAGAAAACUGUGACUCCAAUUGUGCAAGAAUACUUUGAACAUGGAGACACUAAUGAAGUUCUGGAGCUGCUGAAUAACUUGAAUCUUGGAGAAAUGAAGUGCACUGUGCCAGUGUUAGCAGUUUCUUUAGCUUUAGAGGGGAAAGCCAGCCACCGUGAGCUCACCUCUAGACUUCUGUCUGAUCUGUGUGGGAAAGUACUCACUACGAAUGAUGUGGAAAAAUCCUUUGAUAUGCUGCUGAAGGAUUUGCCAGAAUUAGCCUUGGAUACUCCUGGAGCACCACAGCUUGUAGGCCAAUUUAUUGCAAGAGCUGUGGCAGAUGAAAUCCUGUCAAAAAGUUACGUUGAAAGUUACAAAGGGAAAGUGGAUUGUGAGAAUGCCAGAGCUGCCUUGGGUAGAGCAGCAGUGUUGCUUAGUAUGAAGAGGGGUGGUCUGCGCCUGGACAAUGUGUGGGGAACCGGAGGAGGACAACGGCCAGUUGAACAACUUGUCCAAGAGAUUGACAUGUUGCUGAAAGAAUACCAAGUGUCUGGUGAUGUAGCAGAAGCGGAACACUGCCUUCAGGAACUCGAAGUACCCCAUUUUCACCAUGAACUGGUGUACAAGGCUAUAUUGAUGGUUCUGGAAUCAACUGGAGAAACUACCUUCAAAAUGAUACUGAAGCUACUUAAAUCCUUGUGGGAAUCAUCUGUCAUUACAGUGGACCAAAUGAACAGAGGUUUUGAGAGAGUGUACAAGGAAAUUCCUGAUAUUCAUUUAGAUGUGCCACAGGCUUACACAGUGAUGGAACAGUUUGUAGAACAGUGCCAUCAAAUGGGGAUCAUAGUGAAAGAGCUGCGAGAUCUUUGUCCCUCCAGGGGACGCAAACGCUUUGUGAGUGAAGGAGAUGGUGGACGCUUCAAAUGAGAAUGUUAAAGGUGAACGAGCACAAGUUUCUGCAAUUUUUUUUGAUUUUUCUUUUUUGUUUCUGUGCAUUACACAUGAGCCUGGGGCAUGGGUUAAACCUCAUUAAAUAUUUUCAAGUGCAUUUGCUAUGAAAAUAGAACCAAAAAGCACUUAACUAUGUGGGGUAUAGAUUGUUCUUUUUUACCAGGGGCGGGGGAAAUGAAGAACUAACAGCAGUAUCGCACUUGUGGUCCAUGAAACUAAGCUACUUAAGGAUCUGUGUAAUCUGAUCAUUCCAUAGUCUGUAGAAAAUUCACUGCCAAGCAUUUCUGAAUAUUGCGGUCUUCAAAAGGCCUGGCUUAACUGCCGAAAUCUCUGAAUGGAUCACAUGUGCUGUGUAAUGAAUCUCUCUUUCUUGGCUGCUAAUGCUAAAAUGCAGUGCUUCAAGCAGUUUAAAAUAAAAAGCUGGAUUGUACCUUUUUAUUCGUGUACAAUUGCCAGUAGAAUGUAUAAACUGUCCAAUUGUUUUAUGGUACAAAUAACUUCUGGCAUUAAAUUGAUUUUGAAGAUGGAAUAUGACAAUGGAUGUACUUUUCUUCCUUGCAGAAAAUGAAAAUCAAAAUAAAGUUGGUUUUUAAAGGUUUA